UUUUUUUUAUCUCCUGUGGUAAACAAACAGUGAGUGGAGGGGAGAGGUGUGUGUCCACGUGUAUUAACCAUGGACUCUAAUAUACCAAAUGGUAGUCCUCCAUUUAUAGGAAAUAGGACUUUAACUGAAUAUGUGAAGAGAGUUAUGACUAGUGUUCAAGGAUGUCAGAAAGUGAGUGCAGAACUUCAGGGUUGGCACCAUUACCGGGACUAUGCAGGGGUUCAUCGUACAAUGGAGCAGGUUAAUGCUAGCAUUACAUCAUUAAUUAGCAACAUCUUCAGUCAUCAGGACAUCAAGUUGGGGCUGUCUCAUCACAAACUACUUGACCAGUUUGACAUGAUCAGGGAAGGCAAUGAUGCCUUGCUGGAGAGAAUUAAUUCUGACAUAGAUGAAGCUUCUGGACUGAAGAAGAAUGCUGAUGCUGAAGUACAGGAUCCUGUUGUGAAAAAAGUUCAGGGACCAUCUAUGAACAGUGCUGUUGGAAAGAAUGUGGUUCUGCUGGCAUCUCGUAAUGUACAAAAGCCCCAGCUGUUUUUUACAGAAAAGAUUGAUAAUUCAUUUAAAGAACCAUUCAUACCCAUGAUCACUGAGAAACCCAAUUCCAUCAAGCCUCUGUCAAUCCUAAUCUGCCUUGAUAACAGUGGCCGAGAGUAUUACUCUCAUCCCUAUGAGUAUGAGCUUCAUCAUUGGAAUCCAGAUCCUUCACAACUGACCCCAGUUGUCCCCACUCCCCCCAAGCCCAUAGGUGACACAUCUCUGGUUAUGGUAGACACAGAACAUGACUUACAAAAUCUGGUUGCAGAGCUUGGUAAAUACAAAGAAAUUGCUGUUGAUGUAGAGCACCAUGGAUUUCGGUCAUAUCUAGGACUUACCUGCCUGAUCCAGAUAUCCACUAGGGAUAAGGAUUAUAUUGUGGACCCACUGUUACUCAGAGGAAAACUUACAAUAUUAAAUGAAGUCUUCACAAACCCCAAAAUUACAAAGGUGGUUCAUGGUGCUGAUUAUGACAUCUUGUGGCUACAAAGAGACUGUGGGAUAUAUGUAGUUAACCUCUUUGACACUCACCAAGCAGCAGUUGUACUUGAAUAUCCUCACCGUUCAUUAGCUGCCCUUCUAUCACGCUUCUGUCAGAUCCAGGCCAAUAAAGUUUAUCAGAGGGCAGACUGGAGAAUAAGACCUCUCCCAAAUGACUUUAUUGAAUAUGCAAGACAAGAUUCACAUUACUUGUUAUACAUAUAUGACAUCAUGCGUAAUGAGCUUAUUGAACGAGGCAACCAACUCAACAAUUUGAUUUCUGCUGUUUACAGUCGUUCUGCAGAGAUCUGCAUGAAGCGUUAUGAGAAACCAAUUGUGGGACCGGAUAGUCACAUGGAUUUGUAUCGCCGCAGUCGUAAAACUUUUAACUCAAGGCAGAUGUUUGCUUUGCGUGAACUUUAUCUGUGGCGUGACAGAGUUGCUCGUGAACAGGAUGAAAGUCCCGAGUUCGUGUUGCCAAAGCAUAUGCUGCUGCAAAUAACAGAGGUAUUACCUAAGGAGAUGCAAGGUGUGUUGGCUUGUUGCAACCCCAUCCCUCCAUUGGUCAAGACUGAGCUCCUCACUCUACACACAAUUAUUAGGGAAGCUCGGGAGCAACCUCUCAUUGAUAUUAAACUCAAUCCUUUACAAGAACAUCUUCCUGUUGGAGUAAUGCCAUCAUCAGAGGAUCUACAUAUGAACUUUAUCUGCAAACAUGAUCUUUCUCAUUGUGAAGAAAAUCCAACAGACCUCCCUACUCUCCUCAAUCCUAGAGAAACUUUGCUUGGAGAUCUUUUUUUACAAAACAUUGUUGAUAUCUCUCUCAAGGAUCAGUCACAGUUGUUUGGACACAUAAAGAUUGAAAAAUGGCACAAGGGACAAGAAUAUUCAGAAAUGACAGACAAAUUCAUGAGUCCAUAUGAAAGGUACACAUCCUAUGUAGAGAUGAAGCCACUCCUAGAUGGAGAGAAGAAAAAGAAGGAGGGAGAGCUCACAGAUCUUGAUCGGGUUAAUAGGGUUAGACAACACUUCUUGUCACUCUCAGAUAACACUGAAGUUACUACUAAAGAAAACAUUAGAGUGGCAACCAAUCACACGGUUGAUGGUGAAACACAAGUUGUUGCAGAAGGUUCCUUGCUGCAAUUUAGUGAAGACAGUUCACAGCAGCAUCAACAGUUGGAUGAAACAGAUAAAGCAGAGAGUGAACAGCAAUCAGAAACAGUAAACAAAACAAAGAAACAUUCUGGUCCUUCCAAAUCAGUUAUUUUAAGUGAAGAGAUACGUGAAAGUAAAACCAAGAACAAAUCAAUAAAAAGGAAAUCAAGUGAAAAAUAUGAAAAAUCAACAAAGAAAGUGAAAAAAACUGAUGAAGGUGAAGAAGUAGUGGAAUGCUCUGGACUAGAGGAGGGAGAGGUAGAUGAAAGUACAGGUCCUGAUGAAAAUAAUGGCAAUGAACAGAAUCCUGAGGAAGCUUUUGAUUAUGAGAUUGCUGAUUAUACUAUUUUCCAAAAACCUCAUAACAAAGGUUAUAGCAAAAGACGACAGAUCAAGGAGAGAUUCAAAGGAAAGAGUCAUAAAGGACGGGGUGGAAAAUCCAGUAUGAAGAGUUUCACUUGGGGUGGCAGUGAUAGUCACAGAGGGAGCCGGUAGCUGCAGUCACCUUUGAAUCUUCAAUAAGUACCAGGGCAAGUGAUUUCACUUGAAAGUUUUUAGUUAAGAUAUUUCAUUGUUGUUGGGAUUAAAAAGAUGGAAACAUUACUUUGCAAAGAAAAGACUACAUUCUAUAUUUAAGAUCAGAGAAUUUAUAUUAAAAGGAUAAGUAUAUUACUUUAAACUAAUACAGUUAAAGAUUUGGAAAUGUAAUUUUAUUCGUGAGGAAUGUAAUAUUCUGUGACUUUGCAAGGACUUAGUAGGAUGUAAAAUAUUUUGUUUUUUUAGAAUAAAUUCUACAAAAUAAAAUUUUUCAUAAAGAUCA